AUGUCAAUACAGCCUACUCUGAGGCGUGUCGCGAGAGCAAGUAAUGCGCAUAAUCAUACAGUUCACACCGCUUUUGCAAAUCCUCAUUCUCAAACAUUUCAACUACACGAUGGCCGCGUGUUAGGGUUUGCCGAGUACGGCAACCCAAAUGGCAGGCCAUUACUCUAUUUUCAUGGCUUUCCAUCAUCACGCAUCGAAGCAGAACCUGCAGAUGACAUGGCUCGACGCUGUGGCAUAAGGAUUCUAGCGCUAGACAGGCCAGGAUUCGGUCUGUCCACGCCCCAGCCAGGCCGUAAGAUUGUGGAUUGGCCUAAUGACGUUCGCGACUUUGCGACAGGCAUGGGUCUGGAUCGAUUUGCGGUCAUGGGCCUUUCUGGUGGUGGACCUUUUGCGCUUGCUUGUGCUCAUGCAUUGCCGAAGGAUAUGGUUGCUGGUGUUGGCUUGUUUGCGAGUGGAGGACCCUGGGCGGCUGGAACGCAUCAUAUGUCGCUGAUGCGGAGGAUGAUGCGUGCUCUGGCUGUAUACUGGCCAUAUGGGCUUGGAUUACUGCUCAAUGUGCUGGUUCGUGGAUUUCGAGCAGUAGCUACCUCAGGCCCAAUCGUGAGGCGAGUUGAUGCAUGGUUAGAAGCACAAGAUAAGAAAAAGAAGGAGAAGGAGCAAGAAAGCGCAGCGUCUAUCGAGAAUGACACCUCUAUUGCAAAUCCGAAAAAGACCCCUGCAGAGCGCAGAAAAUACUUACUGGACGUUUUGAUAAACGAACCAUUUGUACAAGGCGCUAGCGCAACUGUCCUGGAAGCCGAUUUACUGUCAUCUCCAGACUGGGGAUUCAAGUUCGAGGACGUCGACUUUGAUCCUGUACGGAUCUGGCAUGGGUCUAAAGAUGGAAAUUCGCCCAUAGCGGCGAUAAAGUAUCUGGCUCAGAGGCUACCUCAUGGUGUUUUGACCGAAUAUGAGAACGACACGCAUUAUACGAUGUUUUCGCACCUGGAAGAAGCGUUGACAGAGCUUGCAAGGGAUUAUGAUGCCCAUGCUUCUGAUAUAUCGUCAACAUCUUGA